AUGCCCCCGAUACCGCACAGCGACCAAGAGCUCUCCCCCCAUCUCGAGUACUACCAAGACAUUCCGCGCGAGAAGCGCGUCCUCAAUCGUGGAGCCUUUGUACUCCUCCAGCUUAAUACCAGUACCCACUCUACUAAAUUCGACUCUGAUGCCGUGAAACAUUUCAGAGUACACCCUCCUACUCCCGCCCCUACUCGUAGAAAAUUAAUACUCUCAGCCCUGACCCGCUCGCACGGCCGCGGUGGUAACGAUGCUCAUGAUGGUGCCAGAACGAUGUUCCACCUGCCGCCGGAGAUCACGUACCAGGUUUUGUCGUAUCUUAAAGCGCUCGACGAACAGCGCUUGCCCAGCGACCCAAUGCACCGCACCUACUGCUCCCUCUGCUACCUCAAAAACCUCCACAGCAUCGCACUGGCCUCCCGCUCCUGGAACGGCCCCGCCACGGAGCUGCUCUACACAACGCUCAAGCUCUCCCUCGACGACGUAUGCGAGUACCACAACCGCGGCAUCGCCUGGGGCGACGGGAAAUACUGGUGGGCGCGCCGCACCACAUACCUCUCCCAGCGCUACCUCAAGCCGCUUCUCCGGACACUCACGGCGCGCCCGCAGCUGGCGUGUAUGUUCCGCGUGCUGGAGAUCGACAUGCACCACCGCAUAUCGCUGGACUACCAGCACCUACCGCUGUGGACAAAGUUGAUAUCGUUAUGCUCGGGGCUGGCGAGGGUCGUCGGGGACCCGUGUAUAUUUUUUGCGCCACUGGACCCGUACCUGGAGUCGCUGAAGCAGGAUGCGCUGAACUUUAUGUCGCGCGGGACGCUGUAUCGCGGGCGGCAGACGCGGGUGCUGACACAGCAGAGGAAGUUGUGGAAGGUGCUGGCGGCGCAUGGAGCGUGGGUGGAGUGGUCGUGGGUAUCCAGUUGUAUGGACAUUCGGGUGCCGGCCUUUCGGAGAUUCCACAUGGGCUGGCAGGCGCUGCGGCGGCUGGAGAUCUGCCAGUUCUAUUACCCCCGUGCGAUGGCGGAGGAGAGCGGAGAGGCGGAGAAGGAGGGCGGGAGGGCGAUUGCAUGCCUGGGGGUGCUGGAGUCGCUGUCGCUGAAGAGCUCGACGCUGCGGGUGCUGCGGUGCGUGCCAAAGGGGAGGCUGACGGAGCUGGGCGUGGAGAUUGACAUCGGAGAUCGGGCAGGCCCGCUCCGGCAAGAGCUGACAGAGCUGUGGGUGUGGCUGAAGGCGGACGCGGAGGGCGGGUCGAAGCUGCGGAGCUUUUCAAUAUCCAGCGAGGGCCACUACGCACACAUCAUGGAGAAAUGGCUCCCCCGGACACUGGCCCUCAUGCCGGAUCUCCACAGCCUGAGCAUAUCACUGCGCUACAGGCCCGACCCCGGCAUCAUCAUGCUCAACAAGGACGAUGCGUCCAUGGCUGAUCUCGCGCCGUGGCAGGCGGCAUUCCCGCCCGGCACGAAACUGCAGAGACUGGUGUUUUUCUGCCCGGGCUGGUCGCACAACAAGAUGCUGCUCAAGAUCAUGCGGCGGGGGGAGGUCUGGCCGGCGCUGAGGGAGAUGGAGUACUGUCCGAGCACGGUGGUGACGGAGAUUAAUGUGGCCGAGUUCUUGGGGACGCCGAUUACGGUGAGCAAAGCAAAGACAAGACAGGAGGGCACGGUGGUGGACAGCGAGUUGAAGAUGGAGUGUCAUCGGAGGGGGAUGGCUGGUGUUAAUGAUUGGGCUGCCAGUGGUGGUGGUGGUGGUGGUGGUGGUGGUGGUGAGGAUGGGGUUGCACGUGUGGGCACGGGCACGGGUGCGGGUGCGGGAACGGGUGUGGAGGUGGGGCGGGUGCGCAUGAGGAAGGUGGGGUGGCAGUGA